UGAGGCAAUAAUCCAAAUGCCCAAGGCGGCAAUCGCACCGCCAGUCCCUAGUCUCACGGAAUAACCCCUCCUCCUCCCCUAUAAAUGCGCGCCAAAUUAGAUCUCCCCCAGCGGAAAGAAAACGAACCGAAUCCCGCAAUUUCCCUUCCUCUUUCGCCCUCCAAAGAAUCCGAGCCCUCAUUUAUCGAAAGAAGCAAGCAUCCGAUCCCUCCCCAUCUCGUUCUCUCGCUUUCUUGAUCCCCAGACCCCGCCCUCCUCCCCUUGUCCGUCUCCGAUGGGCAGCAUCCGCUCCCUCUUCCGACGCUGCCGCAGCGGCGGCCGCUCCAAGGCCUCCCCGGCCACCGCCUCCUCCCCCACCUCCCCCACCGCCGGCCCCGCCGGGGCCACGGACGAGCUGGAGUGGGUCUUCAAGAAGUUCGACUCCAACGGGGACGGCAGGAUCUCGUCCCCGGAGCUGGCCGCGAUAUUCCAGAGCCUCGGCCACCCCGCCAGCGACGAGGAGCUGGAGCGCAUGAUGGGCGAGGCCGACACCGACGGUGACGGCUUCAUCAGCUAUGACGAGUUCGUCGACCUCAACGUCCGCACCGUCGACGACUCCACCGCCCUCGAGGAUCUCCGUCACGCCUUCUCCGUCUUCGACCUCGAUCGCAACGGCGCCAUCUCCGCCGACGAGCUCGCCAGCGUCCUCCGCAGCAUCGGGGAGGGCGCCUCCGUCGCCCAAUGCAAACGGAUGAUUGACGGCGUCGACCGCGACGGCGACGGCGUCAUCUCCUUCGAGGAGUUCAAGCUCAUGAUGGCCAACGGAUCCGGCUUCCCCCUCGCCAACAAGAUCGAGUGAUUAGGGGGCUUGGAUUCGGAAUUCUUUUCCUCCUCGUCCCCCCUCUCUCUCUCUCUCUCUCUCUCUCUUUUCUCAUCCCCGCGUUCUCGAUCUCCUUUUUACUUUUCUCUUCUCCUUUUGGGGCUAUUUUGGGGUUUCAUUGAUCCGGAUUUGAAAUUUCUUGAUGUGGGUCUGGGGUUGGGGUGGUUAUCAUGACCGUCUGAUCUUGAUCCGGCUGUUGAGAAGAAAGAAAGCCGGAUGCUGAUUACUGAUGUAAUUAAUUGUGCACAAAUUGGCCAUCUUCUCAUUUUCUCUCUUAAUACAAUCUGGGAUCGCUUUCAGCUAAUUAUGCCUA